AUGGAAGCCGAUUGGGAUGAAUUGUCGCGCAUUCCGGUGCCUCCUCCAAAUGCGCAUGCGUUGCCCUCGGUCGCGACGACAGUAGCCUUCGAUGAUGUAAUGGAAUUGUUGUGGGUGGGGAAUGAAUUUGGCCGGAUCACUUCCUUCUACGGACCUGAAUUACAGAGGUAUACAUCUGUCCGGGCGCACCCUGCUUCCGAAGGAUCUGUUCGACAGAUCCUGUUCCAUGAUCGAGGCGUGAUUUCGCUGUCCUCGAAAAGCGUCCACAUGAUAACGCGACGUGGGUUGACGCAAUGGCAUGUCUCCCACGAGGAAAUGGUCGAUCUGCGCUGCAUGAGCUUCACGGCCCAGCUGAAUAGGAUCAUCGUCGCAGGGUGCCAAGGGGCAAUGUUCACCAUCGAUAUCGACAAGGGUAUCAUAAUCGACAAACUGCCGACCGAGUAUAAUUACACGAUGAUGAAGAAGAGUCGGUAUCUUUGUGCGGCCACCGAUACGGGCUCCGUUAAUGCUUUGAGCUUGUCGGAUUUUAGUGUCGUGAAGUCGUGGAAGGCCCAUGGGACGGCCGUGAAUGAUAUGGAUGCUCGGAAUGAUCUCCUGGUUACGUGUGGCUUCUCCGUCAGACAUCUCGGAUCCUCGAUUGUCGAUCCUCUGGCCAACGUAUACGAUCUCAAAACCCUAUCGCCGCUACCUCCCAUCCCGUUUCAUGCUGGGGCGGCCUAUGUGCGCAUGCACCCGAAGCUUCACACGACUAGUUUUGUCGCCUCGCAAACGGGCCAGCUUCAAGUCGUGGAUCUGAUGAACCCCAACGCGGUCAAUCUCCGCCAGGCCAACGUGUCGUAUAUGCUUGGGAUCGACCUCUCACCUUCCGGAGAAGCUCUGGCGAUCAACGAUGCGGAGUGCAUGAUUCACCUGUGGGGAUCUCCGGCCAAGAUCCAUUUCAAUGAAAUGAGUAAGGAGACCGAAUUCGCCGAUGUCACCCCUCGCGCUCCUCCGCUUGAUUGGUCACCCGAGACGCCAUUGAACAUGGUCGGUAUGCCAUAUUAUCACGAACGCCUGCUAUCAGCAUGGCCAAGUCAUCUUGUGUUUGAAGUCGGUAGUCCGCCGGCACCCCUUGACACCGGGUUGAUCCCCUACCUUCGCCCCGCCGAGAUUGGGCAUUAUGCACCGAACCCGAAGAAAACCAGACGAAAUCAGGUGGAGAACACGCGAGCGUUGGCUACGACAGAGCCCGCUCUGAUUGCUCCGAAGUUCUUGAGCGAGAAGGCUCGAGAGCAAAGCAGGGCUAAGUCCGAGGGCUCUAUUAGCGAUACGGCCGAAGCUCUCGCAGGCGCAAAGCUGAACGGAGAGGCCGAAGAUGAUCCUCUCCUUAAAUACAGCAAUGUUGAAAUCAAGUACAGCAGAUUUGGUGUCGACGAUUUUGAUUUCAGGUUCUACAACCAAACCGAUUUCUCCGGUUUAGAGACGCACAUUGCGAACUCAUUCACCAAUGCCCUUCUGCAACUCCUCAAGUUCAUCCCCCUGGUACGGAACGUGGCGUUGAAUCAUGCUGCGAGCAACUGUGUCAUCGAGAGCUGCCUGCUUUGCGAGAUGGGCUAUCUUUUUGACAUGCUUGAAAAGGCCAAUGGCCAGAAUUGCCAGGCCACGAAUUUAUUGAAAACCUUUAGCAGCUUCCGCGAAGCCUCCAAUUUGGGUCUCUUUGAAGAGAAUUUGACCACGAAGUCGCUUUCAUCUGCAAUCCAGUCGGUCAACCGAUUUUUCCUGAACCAGAUCGCACAUGAUUUCCGCAUGAUCCUUCCAAGCUCUGAUGAUUUCGACCAAAGGCUAGCGACUAUUGCGUCGGAGUCGAUCCGAUGCAUUUUCUGCCAGAAUGAAAUCGUUCGACCAGGCAACUCCCUUGCCAAUGAGCUGGUUUAUCCAGCCCUUGACCCCAAACAAGCUCGGAGGAACCCGGCCUUUCGGUUCUCAAACAUCUUACGGGCAAGUAUUGAGCGUGAGACGCAAAACAGAGGGUGGUGCAAUUACUGUCGGCGUUAUCAGCAAGUGGCCAUCAGGAAGACCGUACAUCGCAUGCCCAUGGUUCUGAUCCUGAAUGCGGCCCUCACCAAUCCGAUGUACCGACGAUUAUGGAGUAUACCUGGGUGGUUACCCGAAGAAGUUGGUAUUGUUGUCGAUGGAGGACAGAUCCUUUGCUUCGAAGGAGAAGAUCUCAAAUUGCGGAAGCAGGGUAAUAUGCCCGGGCUCGUGGUGUAUGAGCUGGUUGGCCUGGUUUCGGAAAUCGAUAUCCCCGAGCACCAGAAACCCCAUCUGGUCUCGUUCAUUAAUGUCUCCAUCUCCUCUCGAACGAAGGAACCGAUCAACAAGUGGCACCUAUUCAAUGACUUCUUGGUCACUGAGGUCGAUAAAGACGAAGCCUUGCGGUUUAAUCAGCCAUGGAAGCAACCGUGUGUGUUGGCAUACCAGGUAAGCGAUGCCAGACAUGCUAUCGACGACAAUUGGAAGAACUUCUUGGACACCGGUCUUCUCUUCCGUGACUGGUCCCUAAAUGCCGGCCGCCCCGUGGAAUCUCACGUCACGCUGUCUGAAACGGAGAAGCCAGCCCCCGGUACCCCUGUUGCUCUCGACACCGAGUUCGUGGAUCUUGAGAAGGCUGAAAUCGACGUUAAAGCAGACGGUUCCCAGGAGAUUGUCAGGCCCAGCAAGAGCGGUCUUGCGCGAGUCUCUGUUCUUCGAGGCUCCGGCGUCCGCGAAGGAGUCCCGUUCAUCGACGACUACAUCACCAUCAAGGAGCCGAUUGUUGACUAUGUCACUCAGUAUUCUGGCAUCAAGCCCGGUGAUUUGGACCCGAGGACUAGCCAGCAUAAUCUUGUUCCUCUCAAGGUUGCUUACAAGAAACUAUGGUUGCUUCUCAACCUAGGCUGUGUAUUUGUCGGACAUGGUCUGGCUUCGGAUUUCCGGCAGAUUAACAUUCAGGUUCCCAAGAACCAGACGGUGGAUACCCAGUAUCUGUUCUUCCACCCCGGGAAGAAUCGGCGACUCAGUCUUCGAUAUCUUGCCUGGGCGGUGUUCAAGGAAUACAUCCAGGAAGAACCGGCAGAUAAUAACAGUGGCCAUGAUUCCAUUGAGGAUGCACGCAUGGCCCUCCGACUGUGGAAGAAGUUCCAGGAAUACGAGGACGCAGGGAUCGUCAAUCAAAUCCUGGAGGAAAUCUUCCGCGAGGGAUCUAAACUAGGAUUCCGCCCCCCUCCUCGCAAUGGCACGACCACGGUUCUCUCUCGACCGGGAACCGCGGUGACGAUGCAAAACAAUAGUGGCCGCAAUACCCCCAGCGCCCCCGAUGCCGCAGGUGCGGUCAGCGCCCCAACGACCCCGAGACAGGCCUUCCGUCGCUCAAUUGCCCUGACCCCAAGCAAUGGCAGCUUCACCGGUCCUGGCGCAGGUGACUUCUUCAGCGGCAGUCCAUUGAAAUGA